GAGAGAGAGAGAGAGAGAGAGAGAGAGAGAGAGAGAGAGAGAGAGAGAGAGAGGGAGGAAAGGAAGCUGUGGGAGCAAUAUCUGAGGCGCGUAGUCAUUCUCCAUAUUUACCCUAAACCAACACAGUAAUUCCCAUGUACCUGUGUGCGCUGGCGGCCAUAUCCCGGAGACCCUAAGGCACAUGUUGACGGGACUUUGUGAGAAUGUGCGUCCGUAGUCUGCACAGGCCUGGCCUAGAUAUCCUCGUCACAUCGCUCAUGACGGCCGAGAAAAUGUCUGAAAGGGGAGCGUCGGCAAAGAUAAUGUCCUGUUAGUUUACACGCACUCUGCGAUAUUGUUGAAACUGUAAAGUGCAGAACGAUGGGAUUGUACGAGUGUGUGCGUCUCCAGUGUGUGCAGGUCUGGCGUUAGAAAAGAAGAACAACAUGUUAUAACCACCACCAUCACCACCAACACCACCAUCACCACCAACACCACCAUCACCACUAUGGCAACCACCACCCCCACCACAUGGCUGCCACCAACACCACCACUACCAGUACAGCAACCACCACCACCACCACCACCACCACUCAGCCCACCGUCAUAGAGAGUGGGCGGCCUCACCCUUUCCUGCCCUCGUAUUUGCUGGACAGUGUGGAGGAUGGCUUGGGCAGCAGUGGCAGCAGUGAGGUGGCGGCCGGCGGAGGGGGAGAGAGACAGGCGGAGAAGAACGUCAAGGUCCAUUUCAAUUCUUCCUUCAACGUUGUCAAGUACAGGGACAUCAAGGCCAGCUCUAGAGGAUCUGCUGGGCAGCGACACCCUCAGCCCUCCAGUGUACACAGACCUUCCUACAGAAGUCUGGACAGCUUGACAGAAUCUAGCCCCCACCCGGGGACCCAUCUUCACUACAACCACAGCAGCAAGCAACCUGUGCUGGCGUGGUCCCAUGGCCUAACCAGCCCCCUAAAACACUCAAGAAGAAGUGUGUGUUCUGAGAGAUGGCUCACAAAUUCCAGGCUCAGAGUCCAACUUUUCCUCAUUGGUCUGCGGGCCGUGGGAGUCACGUGUCACCCUCCCGAGCUGCCGGUCUUGGUGGUGCCCAGGCUGGAACACUCCCCGCCCAGUGUUGUGGCACCUGAGGAGGCACUCGAGGUCCAGGAUCGCGUCAUGCUAGCCGCCAGACACGUGGUGAGGGACGUCUCCUGCAAGAACUGCGGCGCCAAGCUUGGGUGGAUCUACGAGUUUGCUACAGAGGAGAACCAGCGAGAGGUGACCGGCUGCCUCUCCUGCUGUCUGGCCGUUCAUCUCAGCAAGUGACUGGAUGCUGGAACUCUGUCUCUCUCUCCUCCGUCCACCCUCAGAGCUGCUGUAAGAGUCACCUCCUCCUCCUGCUAGUGUGUUGUGCAUCACCGUGCCCCGGCAGCCUGGUGUGUGUGGUGGAGGAGGAGGAGAGGAGACGCCUACAAUAGGACUGGUCUCAUCUCCCACACCAUCUUGGAGGGCUGAGUCUGGUCCCCUGGGCUCACUGGAGGGCUGAGUCUGGUCUCCUCUCGUCUCCUUCCCUGCAGGAACCAUCAGAUUUAGCACAGAGAAUCUCUCUCUCUCUCUCUCUCUCUCUCUCUCUCUCUCUCUCUCUCUCUCUCUCUCUCUCUCUCUCUCUCUC